GUUAUAGUCUAAUGAUGGAUUUUUUUAUUACUUAAUAUUAUAUGCUUAUAAAUUAAUACCGGUUCACUAUUAACUUAUGGCGUGGAGAAUUAUUGCAGUACCAGCUGUUUUGUUUUUGUUUUCAUUGGUUUCCUGGUUGUUACUAAAAUUUUUUGUGCACAAAAUAGUGAGGAAACUUGAGAAAGUUUUGAAUCUAAAAAUUGAAAUACAAAGUGUGAGAUUAAAAUCUUUGUUUGGAGUAAAAGUAGAGAAAGAAGGUUUUUUCAAAUUGAGCAUUGAAUAUUUGAAGAUUAGUUCGAAGCUAUUCAAUCCAAAUUGCGACCAGCUGCUAACAAUUUUAGUUGGACCAACAACAUUAACUAUUUUAAAAUAUUCACGUCAUAAACAAAGCAAAGAAAAUAAUGAAAAUUCACCUGUCAAUAGAGACAGUGUGUUUAAAAAAAACAUUGGCACCAGCUCUUGGAUUUUCUUAUUGCAGUUUGUUUCAAUAAAAGUUGAAAGUCUUGUUGUUGCAGUGUGUGUAUCUGAAAUAUCAUUUGUAUGGUCAGCAGAAAUAAAACUUAAAGUUGAGACAAGUUCUAAGAGCUUAUGUCUUAAAGCUGAUUUAAUUAGCUGUAAGUUAACAGCUCUUCAUGACGAUUCCCCAAUGUUUUUUACAGACCAUGAUAUUAGUAUCAAUGGUUUUUUGUUUCCUGGCAAACCAAUAAGUAAUAUGUGCAGCAAGAUAAUAGUGAAUAAGUUUCAUGUAUGUAUAAAUGAAGAUAUGGUUAAGCAUUUUAUUUUUCUCAAUAAGAAGCAACAUUUUUCAGAAUCAGCAAAUAUAAAGUUAGAUGUAAAUAGUAAAAAAGAAGACAAUGAUUCGAAGUUGUUGUUUCAGUCAUUAUGUCAAAUUCCAAAGAUCUCAUUAUCACUAAAUAAUAUCAAAGUAAUAUAUCGUAGUAACUGUGGCAGAGAAUUAGAAACAGACUGGAAUUGUGUACUUUCAUGGCAGAGGCUUGAUGAUGGUCAUUUAGAAGCAGCUUUAGAUCUUCUUGGUUUAGUUGUAAAUGAAUCAAAAAUUUGUAAAAUAUUUUUAUUAAAACAAUUAACAUUGGAGCUUAAUAUUGGUGAAGAAGAAAAUGUAUAUAAAUUACUAUUUAAUGGAAAACUAGAUACUUGUCAUUUGGAUUUAAUAUAUGAAGAGAUGAACUUUUGGUACAAGCAUUUCAUCACGGAAUACCAAAAUUACCUUGCUAUUAAGAAGAACAGUUCUAGCCCUGUUCAAAGUAAAGGAAAUCUGCACCAGCUAUCAUCUCAUUUAAAAGUUUCUUUGCAUUUCUUAUUUGAAAAUUGUUCUUGUGAUUUCAAUAUGACAACAUUAGAGUCAUAUGAAACAGCCCUUUGUACCAUUUAUAUUGGUUUGUUCAAAUUAGACAUUAAAGAAGCAGUUCAGCAAAAAAAAUGUUUUUUUUCUGAAGCUGAAAACCUUUAUCUGUAUGUUAAUGUUGAUGAUGUUAUUUCUGAUGGGUUUCCAAGACCUUGUCGACUUCAACAUGAUACUCCAUCAUGUUUACCACAGUCUGAAAGACAUGUUUGGGGACGCCUUAUUGAGAUAGGGAAGUUAAAUAUCAAUUGUUAUGUUGACGAGAAAGAAAUGGACUGCUCCUUCGAAUGUGUGUACUUUUCAUUGGAAUAUUCAAGUGCAAUGGGUCAUGCACUACUCAUUCUCACGAAGAAAAUAAAUUUAGAUAAAAUAUUGCAAACCAAAAGAGAAUUGCAAAUCGAAUCUAAAUAUCAAGUAAAUAAAGAGAGUGCAGAUGGCUUAAAAGCAGAAAAACUUGAAUUAAAACUUUCUAUGUGCGUGAAAAAUAUCAAUCUCUUUAUGUUGGGUGAAAGAGAAGGUGGUUAUAAUUCAGUCCUCUGCAAGCUGAAUGAAUUAAUCCUUACAUCUACUCCAGCUUGUUUUGUCAAUGGAGAGUUUAAGUCUCUACUUGUUGCACAACUAAAUGAACUUGAAAAUUUAAAAACUGGGGAUUCUUUUAUGACUCUUGGCCAGAAAGGUUAUUCCAGCAGGAUAUUGGAUUUUUCAUCCAUUAAAGCAUCGUAUGAUGACAAAAAGGGGCUGGAUGUAAAUACUGAGUUUCUUGAAAUUAGUUGGACACCAAAUCUUCAUAUGUGUGUUUAUGAGCAAAUAGAAGCAUUCAAGUUAUUUUUGCAGCAUAAUAGUGAUAUCUUCACAAAAGAUACUGCAGACACUCCAAAAAAGCAUAAUCCAAAAAUUUACUUUGUAAUUCAAAAGACUACACUUAAUAUGUGCACAUGCGAACCACAUAGUUUUGGUAUGAGUCUAAAAGAUUUUUCAAUUGAGUUAUCAAGUGAUACUAAACAUUUUGUUGUCUCUGAAUGUCGUCUUUACUUCAAUAAAGUUGAAGUGUUUUAUUUUGAAAAUGUCUGUAUAAAACAAUUAUCAUCAUCCUAUCUUCUAUCUUCUCGAUCAAAAUUUAAAAACAUUCAACCAGAGAAUAUUGCAUGGUCAAUUUAUGCUCAUGAAAUGUAUGCAACGUUUCCGUAUGGCUUUUGUUUCGGUGAUUCUCUGGAAAAGUUGCAGCUGGUUAUAAAAAUGGUAAUAAAGUUGCACAAAAAAUCUAAACCCCCAGAUUUAUUAAGCUUGCCACCUGACCUUCUUUUUUUAUGCAAGAAUUUUUCUUUUGAAGUUGAAGAUGAUCCAUUUGAAGUGCGUUUAGGAGAUAAUUAUAUGCUUCUUGCUGAUGAGAAUGAACAAGCUAUUGAAAGGGAGCAAAAACUUGAAGCAAAACUUGAAGAAAUCAAAACUGAAAAAGGAACAUCUAUAUCUACAAAGAAACUAGAAGAGCUCAGAAAGAGUUUAAAAGAGAGGAAUGCUUUAAUUUAUAUCAGACGAUCAAAGGAGAUGUAUGAUGAUCGUCCCCAACGAAAGUUGUUGUUUGUUAGUAGAAUAAAAGACCUGGAACUAGCAGUACAUUCAGAUCAUCACUUAAAUAAAAAAGAAAAUAUUCUACAAGAAAUGGAAAAUGUUGAUGAACGUGCUGUUCCUAAAGAAUUAGAGUUUUCAACAUUGUGGGCUCGAAUGGUUAAUGGAAAGUUUGACAUUUUAAAGGUUCAAAUUCGAGAUUAUCCUCAAUCUUUAAUAUUUAUGGAAAACUUUUCAGCACGUGGUUUAGUUAUAGGAGCUGAAGUAUGUGCUACUCAAGCAACUUAUGAAGUCUUCUUGCCUAUUGGUCAUCCUUGGAACAACAUUGCAAUAAAAAAAAAUAUGUCACCACAAAAGUUCUUUUAUGAUUUAAAAUGGGAUAUGUCGACAUGCCAACUUGGCUAUGGUGGAAACUUUGAGCCAGCAUUUUCAAUGGUUUCUGCUUCAUUUGAUAAUCUUACAAAAACAAGUCUGGAUAUAAGUCCACCAUUACCAGUUUGGGACAAGAUACGUAUACUUUUUCAUGGAAAAUUAAAAGCUGAUGUUGCCGAUCUAAACAUUUUAUUGAGUGCUUCUGAUGAUCCAUAUAACACAACUGAAAAAUUGGAAAUUGAGUGGAGUGCAGCAACAUUUGAAUGGACUAAUGGUAACAUAAAUAUAGAUGGUGACUUUGAUAUGUCAACAAGAAAUGCUUCUAAAUAUGACGAUAGUAAAGUUUUACAUUUUCCUGGCUUUAAAUUAAAUAUUCAGUUAGAAUGGCUAUGUGAAGGUGAUGCAAAUGAUCAUUAUGUUGCUAUACCAACAAAUCCAAUAUUUGUUCAAAGUGAGAAGCAUGAUUCUUAUCAAUUGUUUCGUUCAACAAAUCUUAAUAUGAAUGUAACUAUGGAUAUAUCAUCAGAUCUUUUAGAGGAAAGUGUUAAAGCUGACCCACCAUCAGUACUUUUAUAUGCAAGUACAUUAAGGUGGUUUCAAAAUUUUCAGGCUGUUGUAAUUAGCCGUGUUUCUCGUCCAAUCAAACGGGGUUCUUUGUUCAAAAAUACAAAAUUAAAAAAACCUGCUUUUGGUCGACAUUUAAAACUUGUUACUGUUGAUUUGAAAUUUCCAUGCUUGGAUGUAAGAUAUUGGGGAUCAUUUGAACAAGAGCGUGGGCUAGAAACAAAAAUUUUGAAAGGGGUUGUAACUAUUGGUUAUCAAGUAUUUAUUAGUCCCCAUCCAGACACACAAGAACUUAUUCGACGCUCUGUAGCUAAUUGGAUUAUUCGUGGUUUGAACAGUAGUUUUGAAAAAGUUCGUUUUUUUUUAUUGCAAUCUGUUGAGAGCAAGUUAAGGGCAGAUGAUGCUGAAGAUGAAUUGUUAUGUAUUGAUGAAGAAGGUCGCCUCAAAAAACAUUAUUUCUUUAGUGUGAAAAGAGUUGAUUAUAAACGCCAGUCUAGUAUAGUAGAAGAUUCUUUUAUUCAUAAAAUAAUGUUUUACAAACUAAAAGGGGCAUGGACUGCAGUUAAUCGUGAGCUUGUAUUUGGGCUUUUGGAAGCGUACUCUAAAAUGCAGAUGUUGAAGAAAGUUUUAUCAUCGGAUGCUUUAAAAGUAACGGAUAAAUCUUUAUUAGCUGUUCAAAGACAAAAAUCUCACUCUCUUCUAGAUUCUCAAAAGUCAUGGUCAUCUUUAACUGGGCAAUCUAGCCAUGGUUUAACUCUCCUUCAAAAACUUGUCGAUGAACAAGCUUCAAAGUUUAUUGUGAGCUCUGAGGAGGGUGACAAUGUUGAGUAUGAGCUGGAACACACUAUUGAUUCAAGUGGUACUGAAGAUGACAUUAUUUUAAAAAAUUUGCAAAUUGAACUCAUCAACUCUCAAGUUCUUCUUCAUGGUACUGAAACAAAAGGUUCAAUUGUGGUAACAUCAGGAAAUGCUUCAAUUUUUAAGCGGCUUCAUAAACCUGUAUUUGCUGAUGUUAUCAAUAAGCUAAAUAAAGUGACUUGGUGUGGGAAGUUCCGAAAUUUACAAUACUUUUCUACAGUAGAAAAUUUUAAGGACAUAACAGUUGAUAACAUCCCCUGGUUGACUAGUGAUAUAAUAGCAGGUGACAAUAGUAGUGAAAAUAAUGAUUUGCCGAAUAUAAAUGCAUUUACAAAAGCAAGUGAUGCAGUAGGAGCAUUUGUAGAAGUGCGAGUGCAAGGUGUUGUACAUCAAUUGCAAAGAGUUAUUUCAAGGUGCAGCUGUGAGUUUAUGUAUGUUAAUUUAGAUGAUGAAAUAGAUCCACUUGCUGAAGAAUAUGUACCUUCUGUUCCAUCAGAAAGCACAGAAUAUAAAUCCAAUGAUCUAUCUAUGGCUAGUUCAUUAACUCUUAAACAUGGAAAGCUAGAAAUGUCAACCAAUUCAUCUCAAUAUAGCGUGAUAAGCGAUGUAGUCCAAAAUUUAAUCUUGUAUACUGAUCCUAAAAAAAAAAAAGAAGAUGAAAAGCUGGAGAAAAUGAAAUUUAAAUUGCAUUUGACUGCUGGUAAAGAUCUGAAGUUGCAUGUAACACAAUUACAAACAAGAGUAAGGCGUACACAAAUGAUGCUGCGUAUGUAUGAAAGAAAACUUUUUGAAUUCAAAAAACAAGAAGAUGAUUUUAUGUCUAAAAACCUGGAAAGUUCAAAAGAGUUCAGCGAUGUUUUGCGUGAUCUUCAAGACCAAAUAAAAGAUACUAAAGAUCAACUCUUUGAUGAUGUUGAGGAACUUAAAAUACUUAUCAAUGCAUAUGGAGAUGUAAAUGUGUCUUCGUCUCCUCAAAAAGGUAGCACAUCGUCCAUCACUAGAAAGAUUGAUAUAUGCUUUGAUGAUCUUCAAUGGAUCAUUACUCAGCAAGAUGGACAGUUAGGGAUUGCAAAUAUUUUCAUUCGAAGAUUCUUGUAUAAUCAGCUCACUUUCACAGGUAAUAGCAUUGAAAACUUAUUUGAAGUUGGACAUUUUUCAGUUAAAAACUUGCUUCCUGGUGAACUUUAUCGAGAAGCUUUAGUUCCUUAUGAAGCAAAUAUCCGGCGACGGGUUGAUAAGACUGUAAUGCUUAGAAUUUACUGCCGUGUGUCCCCUGCUGUUGCUGGUAUUUUAAUAAAAGAACACUUUGAAGUUAAUGUGUGUCCUAUUGCAGUUCGGUUGACUCAUAAACUCUUUGUAAAUAUAGAAGCCUUUUUGUUUCCAAAAACAUUACCUGAAGCAAAUGAUCAACCAAUAGAUAGUUAUCAAUCCAUACAAUUAGGAGUGAGAUUGCCAAAUGAUCAAGUUUUUCAUACAAAAGAUGGAGUAUGGGACUCUACUGAGAAUUUAGCUCCUAAAAAACCUCCACAGCGUCCACCACCUCCACGAAAUGUCAAUACUAACCUGCGCAAGAAUACUUCGUUAUCCACUGAGGAUUCAGUAGAUGGAUCCAAAAUAAGGAGAUCUUGUGAUACAAACGACAUCAGUACAACAUCAGGAGCUCAAAAGGGUCCAAGUGUUAAACGCAGCGCAUCCAGUCAUUCUGUUUCCUCAGAAGAUCGUGAUGUAAACACAAUGAAAGAAAGAGCUGCAAAAAAUCAAACUUUCAUUUAUGUCAAGAUUCCUGAGGUUCCUGUCUGUUUUAGCUACAAAGGUGAAAAAGAACGUAAUAUAGAGGAUGCACAUGAUUUCAACCUUUGUUUGCCCACACUUGAAUAUCAAAGUCGAACAUGGACUUGGCAAGAUUUAUUUCAAGCAAUGAAAAAAGACUAUAUCAGAAUAUUAGUACCACAAAUUUUAAAAGAAAAACUACAUUUAAAAAGCGCUGGUGUUGAUACAAAACCUUCUAUUGCACAAACGGAUGAUACGAAUAAAGCAAAAUUAUUGUUGGGAGAAAAAGAAUUUUCUCAGCAGAAAAAGUCUUCUAAAAGGUUAUUUGGAAAACUUUUAAAAUCAGCAAAAUCUGCUUCAGCGGAAAAGAUAAACGAUCAAGGGUUUUCUUCAAAAACGAAUGAAGAACAAAAGCAAGUUUUGAUGGGAAAAGGCGUGGAACCAAAUAAUCUUCAACAUGCAUUCCAUAAACUCCGAGAUUUUAAUUCACAGAAAAAUUGAUUUUAUAUAUAUAUAUAUAUAUAUAUAUAUAUAUAUAUAUAUAU